CUAAUCACUGCACUAACUAUAUAUCUCCCCCUCUCCUUGCUCCAAAGGAAUUUUAUAACCUUCUCGUGGAAAUCUGCUUUCUUUCCCCUCUGAUGAUGACAACCUUUACUGCUGGGCAAGUGGAUGUCUGGAUCACGCGGCCAGUUUUGCUAUCUCCUCCUACGACUUUUAUUCUCCAGGGGAAAUGUUGCAAUCCUCGGGGAGUUGUGUCGCAGUGGGAAUUGGCUUGGGCGACUCGCUCGCCGUUGCUUCUUGGCCGCUCUUUUGGCUUGGGUAGCCUUGGGAGUGAGGGCGAGACCUGGACCAGUGCCAGUCUUCCAAGUUCAGCACCCCACCAGGCACCCACCAACCAUUACCUCUGUUCCUUCCAACCCCAUUUGGUCUGAAAUGUUUCCCCUCUGUCUAAGCUGGGCGCGUCAACGUCACUAUCUUUUUCCCAGCCAAUUGCCAAGCUUAGGUUUGGUUGAUCUCAUUAUUAAGAUCAACAAAGGUGCAUAGGUUUGGAUUACUUGCGAUGGUGCUUGGUCUGGGCAACAAAUUAUAACACAAAGGGCCCAUCACUGGAAACUGAAACAGUUAUGCUGUUUCGACAUGUGAGGGAUAUAGUUGCAGAAACAUCCCGUGUCAAUAGUAGCUAGUGAGCCUGCAUUCGUCAUGGGGAGGUAGCUGGCGUUUAUGUACCCUGGAGAUUCAGCAGGAAUGCAGCAUAGUGUGAACUACUUGUUUCCAUGAAUAGUUUCUCAUUGCAUUCCCUCUCAAACUGUAAUAUUGACAACAAAUGAGCAUGCCGAUAGGUGUAGACAAACUGUCAAUAUGCGUGGGUAUAACCUUGUGCGAUCACAACAUGUUUGAUUGAUUGCUUGUGAGACUUUGCGGUGUUACUGCUAGGCUUUGCAUAUGCACCUUUAGGGUCCUCAGUUUUGGGUUCACGAGGGCCUAAAGGGGGCUUAAAUUCUCGGUGAUGAGACUGUGUGAGUUCCAGCCAGUAAAACACUUAUAUCAUGCUCGCCAUUUUAUUUUUUUCCUAACUACAUCAGCAUCAGUAGCUCUGACAUAUAAACUCAGCCUGUAUUUGGAUUUUUUAUGGGUGCAUGAACCUUGAGGAUGCCGACAGUUUUUUCCCCGUGAUUGGUGCAAAAAGAAGUUAUUUGGUUAGAUUGGCUAACGUUUCAUGACACUUGGCGAUGCUUUGAUGGUUUUUGGAAUCUUGCCAGCAGUAUGCCAUUUUUGUCAUUUUAUCAAAGUAGCACGCUUUGGGAUUUAUUUUUCCACGCUUGAAAGUUACAUGCCUUUACAGCUGCAUUCUUUUCACUCUUGCAUUUUGAUAGUUACAAGUCAAAGAAAUAGGCUCCACUUGGGUUUCCUUAGUUGUCUGAUCCUAGAAAGCCAUAAAGGUAAGUUCAUUUGUUGGCCGCACUAGAAAAGAUCAUUGUCUAGAUCCUCCUACAAGGCAGCUUGCACAAGUAGUGUUUGUCAAACUUGUCAUUUGGGAAUUAAAAUCCUAUUCAUUUAGCUCUAGUGGUCUAGUAUUAGCUCUGAUGGUACUCUGUUGUCUGUUUAUUUUUUUAAUUCUAAAUCCUGAUUAUAACCUACAUCCUGGGUCAUGCCUUUAUCCUACUACAUUGUUUUUGUCAAUGUUUAGACAACUUACUGACAUAAUACCAUGUUAUAGUGGACGCACUAACCAGUCCUACAUAAAAGCCUAAGCUAUCAGGCGAAGGUAUGCCAUCCACUUAUACACUUCAACAAUACCCAUUUCGCAGUGAAUGAAUUCUACCCUGCAAGCUCUGGGCACACUCUUAGUUUUCAAGUUUGGUGUUUUGCGGAUUUUUUAGGAUUCAAGGGCAUUACCCCAUGUCUGUUGCAUUGCAUCAGCACAAUAGUUAUAAGAGUUUAGAGUAAAGUAGUUACAAGACGUUGAAAGUUGGACUAAAAAAACAACAAUAUCUAGCCCUCAAAAGCCAGCUUAACAGAUCAUGACUUACAGAUCUGGUGGCUAAUACAAAUUAUAGCAGCAAGAUUUAAGAGGCUGGUUUCAAUGUAAUUUGUAGUAUCUGUUGGUGGCUGCUGGGUUGGUCUCAUAAGUCUAUCUCCAGCAGCUUACAUAUCCCUAUCACCAUAUUCAGAUUCACUCUACGAACAAUGCAUGCAAAACAGUGUUUUGGUGACCAUAUGGGUGAACUGCUAGAGACAAUCUAAUAGCUCCUCUCUCUAUAUAUAUAUCUCUUUGUUUCUGUUGGUUGCUUAUUUAAUUUUCAGGGACCAACUGGGGCAAGGAGCCAAUCUGAACAUAAAUUAUUUCGUUGAGACCGAGAACCAAGGGUUGGCAAGACUGUCUUUUCUUAUUGGACUUGUAAAAACUUAUUUUUUCCAUGUUCCUGGUCAAGUGCCAAAACAUGUUUAUUCUCAAAGAAAUAUGUGCGACUCUCUUGUUAUUCUCAAAUAAAAUAUGUGCAUGGUCAAGCACCAAAACAAGUUCAGUUGAGUUUUCUCCCCUUUUCUUAGAAGGUAUAGUCUGUAAGCUUUCAUCUGAAAUAUCGGAAUCAGGAGAGUUUACUUUCUGAAAUACAGAAUAGCCCGUGCUUCUGUAGACCAUAUAGAAUCUUACUGUCUGUUUAUCUUCAACAUUUCAAUCUAAUGGUUUACAAAACUUGUGAGUUUAUCAUUAACCAAAGUUCUGUACUUUUCUUAUAUGAUAGUCAAUACUCAAAAUAUUUUCAGGAAAACUCCAAAUUGUAUUCCCCUUUGUGUAGAACUAUGACAAGUCUGUUUCAGAAGGCUUUUGUAUAGAUAAAUAUAGCAUGUUCAGGGAAACGAAAUGGUACCAAAGAGCAUGCUGUCAUCCUGAUUAUGUGUGAAAACACAUACACAAGCAGAACGGUGCUCCAUCUCUAUAUUUUGCAGUAGACAAAAUACAUACUGCAAUAUCAUCCAAGGGGUGCCUUAUUUUGGCAACAAUGCUCUGCUUCAUGAUGGGUUCCGAAAGACAACUAAGGACUUCAUGCUGUCAUAAAAGGACAAAUUCAGUGUUGACGGCUCCCACAUGAGUGGGGUCUCGAAAAAUCUUACCCUUGUAUUUCUUCAGAGAGUUUGCGUCAAAUCUAAGAGCUUUAGCUCAGUGGCAAGUCCUCACCACUGUGCCAGGCCUGUCCUUCGAGUUCAUGCUGUCAUAAAAGGAAAUUUCUGUGUAAUGGAAAUCCUUGUGCAGCAGAUAAGGAGGUGCUGUUGGCUGUUUGGUAUUCAUGCAACCAUGAACGGAAACUUGCAUUACACCAAGCCAUGAAAAUCCUUGUGGGGGCAUAUAAGGUGGUAUAAUAUCUGUUUAGUCUUCAGGGGCACAUUUGUCUUUAUCAUCCUCAGAUGUAUCUGCUGUGUUACUGUUCUGUGUUUCCCAUGAAGCCAAAAGAACAUUUUUGUAUAUGGUGUCAGGGAGGGUGCACAAGUAUUCAUUCAGUUGGAUUGACCAUAAUUGGCAUGCAUGGAUAUGAUGCCAACAUUGAACAUGUCAACAUGAAUAACCAAACACAUGUGGGAACCAUUCUUUUUUCCUAUGUUACAUCGAAUGAUGCAAAUUUCAUGUAAUCAUGCAUCUAAAAGGUUAAAAGUUUGAUGGUCGGUGAAGCAUGCUGGUAGAUCUUUUUGGUGAAGUGAACAAAUAUGCUGAACCAAACUCAUGCCAAGGUGUGUUUGUUGCUUAAACAUGAUUGGCAAGAGACAAGAAAAGCCCUUAACUUCAUGGAACACUGAAUGGUUCACAUUGUGUACUUGGGCCACAACAACGACCUCGAUCCUUCUCUAACUACAGAUUCCCACCUGCAACUUCUGUCGACAGUCUUUACAGAGCCGAAUGAAGCGAGAGAAGCUAUUCUGUACAGCUACAGCUGUGGGUUCUCUGGUUUUGCUGCCUUGCUCAAUUCAACACAAGCUACUACCUUGUCUGGAACAGACGGGGUUGUAUCAGUAUUCAGGAGCCGGAUGCUGGAGGUCCAUACAACAAGGAGCUGGGAUUUCAUGGGCCUCCGCCUGCACAUGCAUACGGAACAAUCAUCGCAGAGGCAUUUGAAAUUCGGAGAUGAUGUGAUCGUCGGCGUCCUUGAUACUGGAGUGUGGCCUGAAUCCAAGAGCUUCAGGGACGACCCACACUACGGCCCCGUCCCGUCUUCAUGGAAGGGCACGUGCGUGGUAGGCGACGAGUUCGACCCGGCCGCCGCGUGCAACCGCAAGCUCAUCGGCGCGCGCUACUACCUGGCCGGCUUCGAGAGCGAGCUCGGCCCGCUGAACACCAGCGACGGGUCGGAGUACCGGUCGCCGCGCGACCGCGUCGGGCACGGCACGCACACGGCGUCCACGGCCGUGGGGAGCGUGGCGCCCAACGCCAGCUACUUCGGCGGCCUGGGCGGCGGCGCCGCCCGCGGGGGCGCGCCCAGGGCGCGCCUCGCGGUGUACAAGGUGUGCUGGUACAGGGACCUGACGGGCCGGUGCAGCGACGCCGACAUCCUGGCCGCGUUCGACGACGCGCUGUGCGACGGCGUGCACGUGGUGUCGGCGUCCCUCGGGUCGCCCCCGCCGCUCAUGCCGCUGCUGUCCACGAGCACCGAGAUCGGGGCGUUCCACGCCAUGCAGCGCGGCGUCGUGGCGGUUUUCUCGGCCGGGAACGACGGGCCGGACGCUUCCAUGGUGCAGAACGUCUCGCCCUGGGGGCUCACCGUCGCCGCCAGCAGCAUCGACAGGAGGUUCCCGACGGUGAUCACGCUCGGGAACAAUGCCUCCAUCGUGGGAGAGAGCUUCCUUGUGAAAGCCAUGAAGAAUGGUCUGGUAGAUAGCAGCAGCGUCUUCACCGAUGGGACGUGCACAUUCGAGCAGCUGAUCAACCGCACGGCGGCGUGGGGGAAGAUCGUGCUGUGCUUCGCCACGAUGGGAGGGGUGUCCAGCGACGGCGCGGCGCUGGCGGUGUACGCCGGCAACGGCGCCGGCGUGAUCUUCGCCGACACCAUAAGCCGGAAAUCGAGCCAGGACAGCUUCUGGCCCACCGUCCACGUGGACCUGUACCAGGGCACCCAGAUCCUCAACUACAUCCGCGACUCGAGAAAGCCGACGGUGCGCAUAUCUCCGAGCAAGACGGUUGUCGGCGAAACGCCGGCGCCGGCCGUGGCGUACUUCUCUUCCAGAGGGCCGAGCUCCGUCUCUCCAAAGAUCCUCAAGCCCGACGUGACCGCCCCCGGAGUGAACAUCCUGGCAGCAUGGCCGCCCAAGUCGUCGCCGACGGUGAUCCCCUUGGACAAGCGCUUGACAGAGUGGAACAUGGACUCCGGCACGUCCAUGUCGUGCCCGCACGUCUCCGGCAUCGCCGCGGUCAUCAAGUCCGUGCACCCGACCUGGUCCCCGGCGGCCGUCAAGUCCGCCCUCAUGACCACAGCGUACAUGUACGACGGCACGUCGGACGUGAUGCAGGCCGGCGGGACGGUGAAGGCGGCGGACGCGUUCGACGUGGGCGCGGGGCACGUGGACCCGCUGCGCGCGCUGGACCCGGGGCUGGUGUACGACGCGGGCGCGCGCGACCACGUGGUGUUCCUCUGCAGCCUGGGCUACACGGAGGCCGCGAUCCGGAACAUGGUGCUCCCCCAGCCGGCGCUGGACACGAGCUGCCCCCGCGGCGGCGGCGGCGGCGGCGGCCCGGAGGCGGACCUGAACUACCCGGCCAUCGUGCUCCCGGACCUGGGCGGCACGGUGACGGUGAAGCGGACGGUGACGAACGUGGGCGCGAACCGGGACGCCGUGUACCGCGCCGCCGUGGCCAGCCCGCAGGGCGCGCGCGCCGAGGUGUGGCCGCGGGAGCUGGCCUUCUCCGCGCGCCCCGGCGGCGAGCAGGCCUCGUACUACUUGACCGUCACCCCCGCGAAGCUGUCCCGCGGCCGCUUCGACUUCGGCGAGGUGGUCUGGUCGGACGGCUUCCACCGCGUCCGCACGCCGCUCGUCGUCAGGGUGACCAACCUGCCGGACGACGGCGUCAAGGUGGUCCAGGCCGCCAACGCCACGGGCGACGGUUCCCAGGCCGCCGCGUAGCCUCCCUAGCUGCCUCCGGUUCUAGGCAGGCGGCGCACGGUCUGAGUGAGCCUGUCACUGUCAGAAGAUUUCGCGCGUAGGUUUGCUGUGUCAGACUACGCUUCGUACCGAGACUUUUUUGCGUCCGUUUCUUGGGAUUGGUAUUGUGCUGUAGUACUGGUUGGUGGUUAUGUAUUGGUCGGUCCCACCACUAGUAUUUGGGAGUAUUUGUGUCUUGAUUGCACAAGAUGGUUGUGUCUUGAUGAUACAAGAUGGUUGCGUAUUGGUCCCACCACUAGUAGCGAGGGUGGCAGUGAUGAAAACAGAAAGAAGUACUAGCACGGAAUUCCACGGCGUUGCUGUCAGUGGACCGAUACUUGUCCAGCGUGUGAUUGGUAGCAGCAGGAGGAGGAAGGGAAUUUGUACAAGGCACGUGCCAAGCCGAGCAACUGGAAGAGUGCAACUUCUACAGUGUGUUUUCAGCACGGAACAUGUACACACUCCUACUUGAAUACUACUACUAGUGGUAGCAGUAGUGUUAGGUAAGAUCUUAAAUUGACUAAAAAAUCCCUGUAUUUGGGGGGCCAA